GCAACAUUGUAAAGUGCGUCAUUAUGUGAUUAAAUCUCAAAAAAAAAAAUUAAAUAAUAAUUGCCGUAAAUGCUCCAUGAAGUAGAAAGCAGCCAAACUAUUUUAUUAAAGCAACAGGAAAUUUCUAAGCCAGUCAGUCGCAAGCCGAACUUCCGAGUCAACGGUUAAACGGAACAAACUGCAGUUGCAUGCAAUAUCAAGUUCGACGACGAAAGGUGAAAGUGCUGAAAACAAGAGCAACCGCUUGAGAUGGCUGGGUACACCGCUAAAAAGAUGGAGAGCGAAAACGCCAAAAAAAUCGACAAGGCAUUUGGUCGGGACAACUCCUUUUUGGAGUUCAACCCCGGGAAAUGCCUAUUACCGCCCAGCCACACCCUAUUCGCCGAAAGGAUUUUGAGUUUUGAUGUUAGGGAGGAUGAUAUCUGGUUAAUCAGUUUUCCGAGAACAGGUUCCACGUGGUGCCAAGAAAUGAUCUGGCUCUUGGGGAACGAUUUGGACUUUAAAUCGGCUCAGACAUUGCCACAGCAAAUUAGGGCCCCACUUUUGGAAUUAUCCUCCCUGAUGUUCCAACACAAAGAUGUAUUGCAAAAACUAUUCCCUUUUAAUGACACUGUGGAAUUUGUUGACAAAAUGAAGUCACCACGGUUUAUCAAAAGUCAUUUACCAUUGGAUUUACUUCCUACACAGCUGGAUAAGGUCAAACCUAAGAUCAUUUGUACCAUGAGAAACCCAAAGGACAUGAUCAUCUCAUUCUACCACUACUGCAGAAUUUUCCACGACCUGAGCAUACCAUUGGAGGAUUUCUGCGACUUAUUCCUGGACGACUCAACCCCGAUGGGCUCGGUGUGGAGCCACUACCUGGGCUUCUGGAACAAACGCCACGAUGAAAAUAUUUUAGUGUUGAAAUACGAAGACAUGAAGAAGGAUUCUGCUGGGACGAUCAGGCAGAUAGCCGAACAUCUUGGGAAGAAUGUUACGGAGAAAGAAAUUGGUGAUAUAAAGGAGUUUUUGAGUUUUAGUAAUAUGCGCGAGAAUAAGGCUUGCAAUUUGGAGGUUUUCAUUGACACCUGGAAGGGGAAGAAUUACUACAAGAGAAGUGGUGAUCAUUUCAUCAGAAAGGGGAUAGUUGGGGACUGGAAGAACGUUAUGUCUGAAGAAAUGGCGGAGAAGUUCGACAAGUGGAUAGAGGAGAAUACCAGAGGGACUGGGCUGAACUUUGAGGAGGUCUAGUUUAAAUUUAAAAUAAAUAAAAUUGAUU